AUGGGUGAUAAGAUCAUUUUCCUGGUUAUGAAGCAUUGGACACAUGGGAAUCAUGUUCUUCCUUCUUUGCAGAUCACAGAGGCCUUGUUGAAGGAAAGAGAUAAACAAGCAAAAUGGAAUGGGAUCCCCUUGCUGUUGCAGAAGCUGUAUGAGCACAGCCACCCAAACAGCGACUUCUCUCAGUGCCAAAGCAUCCUGAAGGAAAUUUCUCCACUCCUUUCAAUGGAAGCCAUGGUUUAUGUCACAGAAGACAGAAAAGCUGCUCAAGAGUCCAGUUUCCCAAACACAUACACCUUUGACUUGUUUGGAGGAGUCGAUCUUUUAGUAGAAAUUCUUAUGAGACCAACUCUUAUUACACAGAAAAAGAAGCAGAAAAUAAGUGAUGACCUCAUCAAGGACUGCUUAAGCAUACUGUACAACACCUGUAUAUGUACGGAGGGAGUCACGAGGCGGCUGGCAGAGAGAAACGACUUUGUGCUCUUCCUGUUUACACUGAUGACAAACAAAAAGACAUUCCUACAAACUGCAACGCUCAUUGAAGAUAUCCUGGGAGUUAAAAAGGAAAUGAUCCAGCUGGAUGAUAUUCCCAACCUGGCCAGCCUGGUGUCCAGCUUUGACCAGCAGCAGCUGGCCAACUUCUGCAGGAUCCUGGCUGUCACCAUCUCGGAGCUGGACACGGGCAGUGAUGACAAGCACACACUUCUGGCCAAAAAUGCCCAGCAGAAAAAAAACUUGGGCCCUUCCCGAGCUGAAAUUAAUCAAGCUACACUUCUGAAUAUUCCAGGCUUCAUUGAGCGGUUGUGCAAACUGGCCACACGGAAGGUGUCUGAAACGACAGGGACUUCCAGCUUCCUGCAGGAGCUGGAGGAGUGGUACACCUGGCUGGACAAUGCCCUGGUGCUGGAUGCACUGAUGAGAGUGGCAAAUGAAGAGGCAGAGCAGAGCAGUACAGAGUCUUCAGAUGAGAGUGGACUGGCCAACACCUCCACAAGGACACAGCUGCCCCAGUCUAUGAAGAUCAUGCAUGAGAUCAUGUACAAGCUGGAGGUGCUGUAUGUUCUCUGUGUGCUGCUCAUGGGCAGGCAGAGGAAUCAGGUUCAUAAAAUGAUAGCAGAGUUCAGACUGAUUCCUGGCCUCAAUAACCUGUUUGACAAACUCAUCUGGAGGAAGCACUCGGCCUCAGCCCUGGUUCUGCACGGACACAACCAGAACUGUGACUGCAGCCCGGACAUUACUUUAAAGAUACAAUUCUUGAGGCUUCUUCAGAGCUUCAGUGACCACCAUGAGAACAAGUAUCUCCUUUUGAACAGCCAGGAGCUGAAUGAGCUGAGUGCAAUCUCCCAUAAAGCAAACAUCCCUGAGGUGGAUGCAGUUGUCAACACUGACAGGAGCCUUGUCUGUGAUGGGAAGAGAGGUUUGUUGACCAGACUGCUUCAGGUCAUGAAGAAGGAACCUGCAGAAUCCUCCUUCAGGUUUUGGCAAGCAAGGGCUGUUGAAAGCUUUCUGCGAGGCACCACCUCCUAUGCAGACCAGAUGUUCCUGCUCAAGAGAGGACUCCUGGAGCAUAUUCUCUACUGCAUUGUUGAUAGUGAGUGCAAGUCACGGGAUGUGCUUCAGAGUUACUUUGACCUUCUGGGAGAGCUGAUGAAAUUCAAUAUUGAUGCAUUCAAGAGGUUCAACAAGUACAUCAACACAGAUGAGAAGUUCCAGAUAUUUUUAAAUCAGAUCAACAGCUCUCUGGUGGACUCCAACAUGCUCGUUCGCUGCAUCACGCUGUCGCUGGACCGCUUUGAGAAUCAGUCUGAUGCUAAAGUUGCAGAAGUCCUGUCCGAGUGCCGCCUGUUGUCCUACAUGUCCCAGAUGUCCAUGAGAAUGUCCUUCCUCUUCCGUCUCAUCAACAUUAUCCACGUGCAGACACUGACACAGGAGAAUGUCAGUUGUUUGAACACGAGUUUAGUUAUCCUAAUGCUGGCCCGAAGGAAAGAGAAGCUUCCUUUUUAUCUGCGCACCUUGCAACAGAUGGAAUACGCAGAGAAAUACCCUGGCUUCAUCCUGAACAACUUCCACAGCCUCCUGCGGUUCUGGCAGCAGCAUUACCUCAACAAGGAUAAAGACAGCACCUGCUUAGAAAAUAGCUCCUGUAUUAGUUUUACCUACUGGAAAGAGACUGUUUCGAUACUGCUCAGUCCGGACCGGACGUCCCCCUGUGCCAUAGUGAGCUACAUCGACGAGGCGUACAUGGACAUUGACAGAGACUUCUCUGAGGAGUGAUCCCCCUCCAGCUCUGAUGGACAGCUCAGAGGGUCCCUCCAGCCCGGGCCUUUCAGGGAUUCGCUGUGUAGUGUGUGUGCAGCUUGGAGCUGCGGAGCGUCCCACCCCUGCCGGCCCCAGCUCUGACCUCUGACUCUUGGACAGCUCUCUGGGCAACACAUUCAGGGAUGUAUCUUCCAGUUGUUCUGGGAUAAAAAUAAUCACCUGCACAAACCAGCCUGUAUUAUUUUUUUUCCUCUCUCCCAGUCUGGUGGGGCUGGCAGAAGGGUGUUGCUGAGUGAGGGUUCUCUGUAUGUGCCGGUUGAGGUGUGGCUCUCUCAGGGCUGCUAGGACAAGCAAGUUAAAAGCACAGCAAUUGCCCUCCAAGUGUGAGGUCCAAAGAGCCCAUCUGAGCAGGACCCCAGCACCAGCCAUGUGCAAAACCACCACCAGGACUCCCUGCAGGUGUACCUCCUCUGCUGGGCUUUGGGGUUGGUUAGAGCAUGAGUGUGUGUGCGUGUGUGUGCUUUUAAUUCCUGAGAGCCCCAGCUCCAGUCACCUCUUUACCAUCACCUUUUGGAUCAUUUGGUACUAAAUCUAUCUGCAUUAGGAGAGAAGCUCUGCUCCUGCUGUCCUUCCUGCAGAUCCUUCCCACCCGGCGGUGUUUUGCAGUGCUGGAGGACAGAGACAUUUCAGCAGUGGUGGAAUUGCACCAGGGGUUGGCUUUUUCACGGAGCACUAGCAUUAAAAUGUACUAAUUUUUUAAACUUGAGGCUUGUCCCUUCUUGGGUAACUAAUCUGGUUUUAAAAUCCCUUUCAGGACCAUUGCUCUUGAUGUUAAUCUGCUAUGCCUGGAAGUCUUAUGUCAGUUUCUGCUUUCAGUCCUUAAUAUCAACACACACAUAAA